AUGGACGAGUGCAUUCCAGAUUACAAGAACGCCAAAUUCUCGUUUUACCGCUAUGAGCCAUCUCUCCCGCUGGCUGCCGUAGCCACGGUGCUAUUUGGCAUCACGACUCUAAUCCACAUGCUCCAGAUGUUUAGGACACGGACGUGGUAUCUUACCGCUCUGGUUACUGGCGGCCUAUGCGAAGUCAUAGGGUACAUCGGACGGAUCCUCAACGCGAACGAAGACCCCGGCUGCUGGACCCUCGGACCCUACGUCAUGCAGAGCCUCCUGAUCCUGCUCGCCCCGCCCUUCAUGGCCGCGUCCAUCUACAUGAUACUGGGGAGGAUCAUCCAGCUGACCGAGGGCGAGCCGCACGCCCUGAUCAGGCGGCAGUGGCUGACCAAGAUCUUCGUCCUCGGCGACGUCCUGUCCCUGCUGAUGCAGGGCUCCGGCGGCGGCAUGAUGGCUGCCAAGACGCAGACGAUGAUCGACCUUGGCGAGAACCUCAUCGUGGCGGGUCUCUUCGUCCAGCUCGCCUUCUUCGGCUGCUUCGUCGCCGUCGCGGCCGUCUUCCACCUGCGCAUGGCGCGCCGGCCCACGCCCCGCGCGGCCCGCGACCCGGCCGUCCGCUGGCGCACCUACCUCGCCACGCUCUACGUCGCCAGCGGGCUCAUCCUCGUGCGCAGCGUCUUCCGCGUCGUCGAGUACAUCAUGGGCAACGACAGCGUGCUCAUGCGCAGCGAGGUCUACCUCUACGUCUUCGACACCCUGCUCAUGCUCGUCGUCUUUGUCUGGAUGAACUGGUUCCACCCGUCCGAGAUCGGCCUGCUGCUGCGCGGCGAGCAGCCGGUCGCCAACGGCCUCGAGCUCAUCGGCGUCAAGCGGCCCAAGUCUGAAGGGGCCGAGAGUCUUUCGUCGGAGGUCUAG